UUGUUCUAGAGUUCUAUGCUUUCGUUGUCCUUUAUUGUGUUAUUGGACUUAGAUGGAUGUUCCCUCGGUGGAACUAAAUUGUGAAAGCGAAGAAGACUCUUACCCUUUAUUAAUGGCCCAGCCAGAAAAUAUCAGCAGCAGUGAGCAUAUCAUUAACAUAACUGGUACUGGUGAUUCUGCUCCCUCUAGUUUGCCCCAUGGUAGGAAUUCAAAUGGCUUAAAUUCAUCACAGCCUGAAGAUAGACCUUCAAGUAGUACACGAGUUCCUUCGUCUCAACCUUCAAUUUCUACUACUGGAUCAAAUUCUAGAAAUUCUUCAUUCAUAAGAAGAGGAGAUUCGCGACGUCGUAGAAGUCCAUUAAAUUCUGGCUUAUGGAUAUCUAUUGAAUUACUACUCACUAUGAGCCAGAUUAUUGCAGCUAUUAUAGUAUUAUCAUUGUCAAAGAAUGAAAAACCUCGUGCACCUUUGUUUGCAUGGAUUGUGGGAUAUGCAUCUGGGUGUGGUGCGACACUUCCUCUUCUCUAUUGGCGUUAUCGACACCGUAAUCAGGCUUCAGAACAAGAUUCUCUUCAACCUAGUCAGAAUUCUAAUCGCAUUAAUGUUCCUGCUGGGCCAUUCUCUGUUUCAGUUUCUAGGGCAUCAGAAGGCGAAGAACUUCAUCAUCCUGCCCCAUCCCCCAGAGGCAGUGUAGGGUCAGGAUUACUGACAGCAAGGUAUUGGUUUUUUAAUGCUUGUACCAGUAUAAAAUUUAAUAAUUGGACUUGAUUGGUAGAUAAAUUAAUUUCUGCUAUCUUGUGGCAUUACUUUUAGAUGUAUCGGUAUUUGGUUUUUCAGUUCACAAGAUUAGUUCAUUGAUUUAUACUUGCUGAU